UCAUUUUAUUUCCCAAACCUCUCUCUCCUCUCAAAGAAGAACAGGACAAUAGUUUAUCGUUAUCAGAAGACUUUGUUCUAUUCGCACAGGUCAACGGCUAACGAAUGAAGUAUGUGGCUGUGAAUCUAAUCGAAGCUCUUUUGUGCUAAAUAUUUGAACUGAAGAAAUCCAGCAAUCGAGUGCUUGUAACUCCAACGUUACUCAGGACUUCAAGGGUUUACUUCUACUUAUGGCUGAAGCAAUAGCAGCUGGUGCUGGUGUGGCAGCAGCAAUUAUCCAAGGUAAGACAGCAUUAUGGGAGCCACUUAAGCAAACAAUUGCAUUAUCAAAAGAUAUGGACGAAAUAUAUGGAGCUUUGGAUGAUGCAAUGCAAACCCUCAUUGCGAAAAGGGAUGAUCAUGAGGACAUGGUUCAAAGGCACAAGACAACAAUGACACCAUCCAAUGCUUACACCAACUGGAUUCUCAGAGUAAAUUUGGUUGCAAAAGAAGUGAACGAUUUAAAAGCCAAAUAUACAAAAGAAAGGAAAAGGUCAUCAUGGUUUUCUAUUGGUUCACGUUCUAGCUUCACUAAGAAGAUGAGGAAGACUGCCUCACGGGUCUUUGCUCUUAUGGAAGAAGAUACACAUUUGGUAGAUGUUUUGGUUGACAAAAAACCUGCAUGUGUUGUGGAGAUGAUAACUUCAAAAAUUACAAAUAUUCCAACUCUCCAACAGCCAUUAGAACAAACAUUGGGUUGGUUAUGUGACAAAAGGGUUAGAGGCAUUAGAAUCCAUGGACUUAUUGGGAGUGGGAAAACAACGAUAAUGGAGAAUUUGAAUAACCAUGUCAAGGUUGCUGAAAUGUUUGAUAUAGUAAUCUGGGUAACAGUAUCAAGAGAAGGAAGCAUCGAGAACAGAGGCAUCGACCAAAUUCAGCAAGUUAUUAUCCAAAGAUUGAAACUAAAUAUCGGGGUUACCACUACCAUUGACCUAAUUGCUUCUAGAAUAAGAGAAGAGUUGACAAACAUCAAGUACUUGCUACUUCUUGAUGAUGUUAAGGAAGAUCUGAGCCUAGAUAAGAUUGGAGUUCCUAUAAGCGAGAAUGGUAGCAAAAUAGUAUUUACAACUAGGUUACGACAUGUUUGCUCCUCAAUUGCAACAAGACAAACCAAUGUUGCAACAUUAAACAGAAAGGAAGCAUUGGAUAUGUUCAAAAGUGUAUUGGAUCGACCACAUCUUGCAGAAAACUCCAACAUUAAACGUCUAAUGCCUCUUAUAGUCAAUUGGUGUGGUUAUCAUCCACUCAUGAUAAAGGUAGCAGCAGGUGUGUUUAGAGUGAAGGAGACCGAAGAGAGUUGGCAUGAUGGUUUGAUAAACUUGAGAAAAUGGCCAGAAAAAGGAGAUGAUACCAUGCAAGAAAUAUACAAGUUAUUGGCAUGUUUUUUUGAUUCCUUGAAAGUUGUCCAAAAGAAAUGCUUCUUUUAUAGUGCAUUGUAUCCGGAAGAUAGUGACAUUCAAAAGGAUUGCCUACUAGACAAUUGGGCAGCAGACGAACUUCUCGACACAGUUGAUGAUGUGGAAGGAACACGUGUUAGUGGACGUGACAUAUUGGAUUAUCUUAAGAUGCUCUCAUUGGUUGAGGAAAAUACUCAACAGUGUAUUAGGAUGCACAAAUUGAUUCGCCUAGCCGCAUUAUAUAAUUUGUCAACUAACGAAGACCAAGAAAAUCUAAUAAAAUUUGGUGAAGCAUUGCAUAAGCCCUUGGAUGUGGAAUGUUGGAAAAACAAGAGAUGGAUCUCACUCGUUGACAGUAAAAUGAAUGCAUUACCCGACGAACCAGAUUGUCCAAAGCUUUCGACGCUAUUUUUGCAGAAAAAUCCUAAUUUGGAAGUCAUUCCACGAGCAUUCUUUAAUCAUAUGCAAGGUCUUCGUGUCCUUGACUUAUAUGAUACGAGAAUUUCAUCAUUACCAAGCUCUGUUUUGAACCUAGUCACCUUGAAAGUUCUCUAUCUGCAAAAAUGUGUGGCCUUAGUUGAGCUUCCUCAUGAUAUUGGAAAUCUUCAAAAACUCGAAGUGCUCGAUACCCGUGGCAGCGGAUUAGCAAACAUACCACCUCAAGUUGAGAGAUUGAUCUGUCUAAGGCGUUUGUUGGUAUCUUUCACUAGCUCAUCAAGUAGCUCUCCUAUUCAAGAAGCAACUGAAGACAUCAAAGUAAUCUCCAAGAUUCCUAAGCUUAAAGAAUUGGUAAUUGAUGUUGAGGAAGGGCUAGAGAAACUUUUAUAUGGUUUGAUUGUCAAUGUUGUUACGUUAACAAAUCUUUCACUUCUUCAAUUUUGUUCUCCUAACAAGGUGGUAGAUCUCAUCAAAGCUAUAGGCGGUUGUUGGAAGAUCAACUUUCCUAAUGAAAAACUUCUUCAAAAGUACAUCGACAAGGUAGAAAGCUCUAAACUCGAAAACUGCCAAAUUUUUAUAGGUUGUGAUAUCUCAUCGCCUCCUCACAUUAUGAAGUUCAUGCCAUAUUUCAAGUUCAAUGGAGAAGUUAGCAAUAACACAAUCUCACAAGUACUUGGUAAUGAUGUUGCAAUUGAAUUGGUGAAUCAUAAUGAACUUGAGCACUUAUCCAACUUCACUCCUGCAAACAUGAACAAAAUCCGUAGUUGUGUUAUCAAAGGUUGCAACAAGAUGAGGACCAUAGUGGAUGGUAACACGGGAGGUAGCUUGAUAUUAAACAAUUUGGAACAAUUACACAUGAUCAAUUUGCCAUUUUUGAAGAACAUCUCAGAAGGUCCAAUGCAAGGUCUAAAUAACUUGAAAACUUUGAUUUUAUGUAACUGUCCCAUGUUGACAUGGGUAUGUACAUAUGGUGUAAUUCUACAACUUCCCGAGAUUCGUCAUCUAGAAGUCAAAGGGUGCUCCGAGAUGAAAGAAAUAUUCAGUGGGCCUGUAAAUGUUGUUUCUCCAGUGCUUCCAAAUCUAAAGAAACUAAUACUUGUUGAUAUGCCUCAACUUACAAGCAUACUGGUAAGUAACUCAUUUGAGUGGCCUUCUUUAGAGAGAAUUAAGAUCCUUGGGUGUCCCGAAUUGAAAAGAUUACCUUUUCGGAAAGAUGGUGCUGCAAAGCUGAAAUCCAUCGAAACAGAGAAAAGUUGGUGGGAAGCUUUAGAAAAUGACAAGGAUGUUAAAGAACAAUUUCAACGCUAUUGCACCUUGAGCUGAAGAGAUCAAGAAAAUGCAAAUGCCAAUUUUUGGAUGAUGUGGCAACUACUCUAGUGGCUGCAGCGCAUUGGAAUAAUUGUAUCACAUGUUACCUUUACCAUUCCAAUGGGAUUCUUGGUUAUGUUGUUGUAGCACAUAUUAAUAUGUAUUUGCUUUCAUAAAAUCCGUUACCACAUGCCUACAUAUGCUGUUACCUGUUACAUGUUUGUUCGAUUUUAUUUCUCCAUCGUGGAAGUUUUUGCUUAGUGAUCAUGUAAACCAUGUAUAGAUUUUAUCUGAGAAGUUUCUUGUUUUUCUGCAAUAAAGAGAAUGAUACAUCUAUGUGUCCAUUGUGUAAACUAUAAGGAGGUUUUCCUUCAGUCUCAGCUUUAUCGAAUUUGUUUUACAUGAA